GUUAAAUCUUUUAAGAAGAAAGCUCUGUUGACUGGAUUAGGGAUGGUCAAAUAAACACAGGUCCAUCAUCUGACUUCCUCUGAUUCAGUCUCUGUGGCCUUCUGUCCUGUAGGCCACCUUCCUGGAGUCACAUCAUGAGCUGAAUCAGAAGUGUUAGAGAAGGAAGGCACGAAGCAGUGCAGCGCAAAUGGACUACAGGCGGUGGGAGACACUGCAGCAGACCACAGAGCGUGAACCUGUGUGCCCACAAGAGAGAAUCAGAUGGUAAUGGCUUGUUGUCUGUGCCAAUAUCGCUGUCGAAUCCUGCUCUGCAUAUGUACACCAUGCAUUCUGUUAGGAUGCCUCUUUAUCUACAUCACACUGGCUGUGUGUUUAUCCAUUAAUUCCUCCACCACGCCUGUUGGGAUGCCUAGAAACCCUCCUUUACCUCCCUUCUUCAUAGCUUCAGGGCUCAAUAAGUCUGGGAUCCUGGCCCCGUUUCCUAUCAAGUCCUUCUGGAAAUAUGACCUGAGUAAAGAAGCUCACUGGAACCUGAUCCAGUACGUCAUGGAUCGCCAGCACAGCCCCAUCUUACAUCCCGGGACAAAUGCUUCACAAAAUAUCUCUGAUCUGGACAGGUAUUCAAGGUCAACACAGCAAAGCUCUGGAUGCUUUCCUAAUUAUGAAAUGAUCUGGACAGUAUCGGAUUACUUCUCUCUGCCAGCUCAGAUACAAAGGUUUGUCAUUUCCAUGCACUGUAGAGACUAUCCGCUGCUCAUCGACCAGCCUAGGGUAUGCAGCAAACAUCAGAGUGAGGCUCCGAUGUUACUGCUGGCCAUUAAAUCGCAGUCAUCCAACUUUGAAAACCGUCAAGCCAUCAGGAAGACGUGGGGGCGUUCAGGUUGGGUAAAGGGACGUGUAGGGAAAGGGGGGCAUGUGCGCAGGGUUUUCCUCUUGGGCACAAAUCAUUCAGGACACAAUCCAGGUAUCAAGAAGAACCUGAGAGAGGAGAGUAACAGAUAUGGUGACCUCCUCAUGUGGGAUUUCUUGGACACUUUCUUUAACCUCACGCUGAAGGAUGUCCUCUUCUGGGACUGGUUCUCGAAGAACUGCUGGGAUACUCGCUUUGUGCUCAAGGGUGAUGAUGAUGUCUUUGUGAGGACACCGGCUCUCUUGGACUAUUUGAACAACAUGGAAGCGGUUCGCUCAAACACAUCUGGACAGAGUAAGACGAUGGAGGAUUUUGUCGUAGGAGACGUCAUUGCCUCUGCUGUCCCUUCACGCUUACAAAGUAGUAAGUAUUUCAUCCCUGAUAGCUUCUAUAAAGGGAUGUACCCAUUAUAUGCAGGGGGUGGAGGGGUGGUCUACUCUGGAGCCUUGGUCCUCAGGCUUCUCCAGGUGUCUAAGAGAGUUCACCUGUUUCCCAUCGAUGAUGUUUACCUGGGAAUGUGUCUUCAGAGGCUUGGAGUCGUUCCUAUCCACCACCCAGCCUUCCUCACUUUUGAUUUCCCUGAAGGUGAAGCAAAGGAACACUGCGCCAACCAUACUGUCCUGCUGGUCCACAAACGUAGCCCCAAAGAAAUACAGAAACUGUGGGUGGAGACCCUGAGGCCAAGCCGUAAGUGCAGAAAUACUGUACUGAGAGAUGAACUUUUAGAAAAGAAGAAGAAGGAACAAGAGCAGAACCUAUGAAAGGAAUAGCUUACUGUGAAGUUACUUGAGCUAAACAAAUCAAAGCAGGUUUGACUCAGGGAGCAUCUGGGAGAGAACUGAACUGAACUGAACUGAACUGCAGCAAAGCCAUGCAGAGACACUGCUCUGGUCUAGCAGGUAUUGAAGAGAAGAAUUUCUCCCCCAGCUACAUAGACGAAGUCUGAAUGGCAUCUUAAGGACAGCUCAAUGCCAAAACUUGACAGAAGUAAUGUCUAU